AUGUACCGAGUGCUCUUCUGUGGCGAAGUGGGUCUAGUUGAGGCGCGUCCACGUAGAGUGGCACCACCAUUGAGUUUUGAGGAUUGCUUCAUCCAAUAUCGGGACAUAAAGCUGACUGAGGAAAUGGGAAGAGGUAACAUUGGCGUGGUCUACCCAGGUUAUAUACUCAGCAUGGAGGUGGCGGUGAAGAAGAGUCUUAACCUCACAAAAGACCGUGCCCUCCGUGAGGAGGUAGAAUUAAUGCAUAAGCUUUUACAUCGACGCUUCGUGAGCUUUCUCGGUUUCUGUUGUAACGCGCCUGACGACAGGGUCCUCAUCAUCACUGAAUACACACUCAAUGGCUCCCUUCGCGACUACCUUAGAAGGGCUGAUAAAAGAUUUUUGGACUACCGUCAACUCAUCAGCAUUAUUGAUCAUAUUGGUGCUCACUAUCUCUCCACUCGUUUUUUUAGUCGUUUUAUCAAUUGGCAAUAA